AGACAGCUCUCCUCCGCUACGGGGCUUUUCAUGUUCGCUGUCGCAUGUUCUGAUUCCAUUCGUCGCACGUGGGAGUCCGCCGUUUAUACAGGAUAAAGAUCACUGAUGUUACUGAUGUCCCGCCCUCCUCCAGACCCGCUGUUCAUCCUGAGGGGUUCAGGGGCCGCAGUGAACACCCUUCACUUCUGCUGUGGUGGAGAUGGACCACCAUUUCUCUACUCUGGGUCAGGUAAAGGUGCAAUCCAUGUCUGGAACCUGACCACUAGGAGAGCAGAACAUGUUUUAGAGAGCCAUGCUGGGAACUCUGUUAUCUGGCUCCACACCUUCAAAGACAGCAGCAGCAGACUCAUCAGUCAGGGUCGAGACAUGCGGGUGUGUGUGUGGGAUCUGUCCGAAGACCGCAGCACAGUUACGGAUUCUCUCCUCACGGGCAGUGUGGGGUUCAGUCAGUGCUCUCUGCUGGAGUCCCGGCCCGGAUCCGCUCUACUGGCCCACCCCACAGAACAUAUGGAGGAGGUGAGCGUGGUGGAGAUGAGGAGCUGGACUCCAGUGUGCACUCUCAAACCAGAUUCAAAGCUGGGGAUGCUCAUGUGUAUGAAGAUGUGGCAGGCUGAUUCUGGUCCGGUUCUGUGUGCCGGGUAUGAGGACGGCUCUCUGGUGUUAUGGGAUGUUUCCCAUCGCCGUCCGUUCAGCUGUCUGAAGGCGCAUCCUGAGCCAGUCAUGUGUCUAGACGUUGAUGUAUGCAGGCAGAAAGGCAUUUCUGGAUCUUCAGAGAAGAUUCUCCAAUCCUGGACAUUUGACAACCAGCAAAACCUUCAGAUGCACGACUCCGUUCAGAUGACCAAUCCUGGGGUCUCCCAGCUGCGUAUCCGUUCCGACGGCAAGAUCCUAGCAACGACGGGCUGGGACAACAACAUCAGAGUGUUUGGCUUGAAGAAACUGAAGCCACUGGCUGUUCUGCAACAUCAUACUGACAUGGUGAAUAGUGUGGCCUUCUCAGACCAUCAGGACCCCCCACAGAGACUUUUGGCCGCAGGGUCCAAGGACCAGCGGAUCAGUGUGUGGUCUAUAUAUAGCGAAAGUUGAGUUUAAAAGACAGAGGCCCACUUUACCAUUUCCUUCAAACUGAUUGUUGCCAAUUACUCUGACUUUAUUUACAUACUUGAACGUGGUGCUAAUAUAUUUUUCUUUGAAUGGUGAAAUGCCUAAAUUAGUGGCUGACUGCCAUUCUGAGGCGGAGCUUCAACACAAUCACAUUUAGCAAGACGUUCAGCAGUGUUUGCCGCCAUUGACGCGUCCACGUGAACGAGUUCCUUUUGGUGAAAUGCUCAAGCAAAAGCUGCUAAUAUAAACACACUCCAUCACCGUGUUUUGUUGCAGUUUGCCACAAUGGUAAAUAGUUAUUUAAACGCGUUUUUUUUUUUUUUUUUGUCAAAGGCAGAGCUUAAACCGUCCUCUCCGAUAUGUUUGCUUUACCCCAGGUUGAUGUGCUUCAGUAGGCGUAUUUGCUCUUGAAGUCGCACCUGAGCGGCAAAGUAAUCCAGCGCUGUUUUUCUAAAUCUGCCUCUGAGUUUAAGAUUGCCCUCUGGACUGACCUGCAUACAUCACACAGGGUUAAUCACAAGGGCUCAGGCUUCGCAGACAGGCCUGUUUGUUAGAAAGAUUCAUUGAGCAAGUUUCGUUUCGUUCUUCCUUUAAGCUCAUGAGCUGAUGAAGGCGGCUCUAUUUUCAGGCUAAAGAC